UUACUACGACUCGUUGGUUCGCAUGCCUGACCUCUCAUUUACUCCAAAUCUCGAGGAAUUGUAUAUGCAUAAUUGCAAAAGCAUGGUAGAAGCCCAUGAGUCCAUUGCAUAUCAUGACAAGUUACAGGUGUUGGAUUUAAGGGAGUGCCUUGAACUUAGUGUUUUUCCAAAUGAGCUGAGGUCAAAAAAUCUCCGACGUCUCCAUCUUGAAAAAUGCACAAAAUUUGAAAGAUUCCCUGAUAUUCCACAUAAACUCAAAGGCUUGGAAGAGCUUUAUUUACAAACAACUGCUAUUAAAGGACUUCCUACAUCAAUAGAAAAUCUUAUCUCUUUGAACCAAAUGUACAUAUAUAAUUGCAAGAACCUGGAACAUGUUCCAUCUAGCAUUUAUAAGUUACAAAACCUUACGCGCUUGGAAGUUAGCUCUUGCACCAAUUUAAUUGGGUUUCCAAAGUAUGAGGACUCAGUUGAUCCGUGCAUGAAGACCGUACUUCCAAAGUUACACAGUUUAGACCUCUCAGGAUGUAAUUUGUCCAAAGUAGAGUUUCUUGAGAAUCUUUCCUGUUUUCCUGUCUUGGAAGGGUUAUAUUUGCAGAGGAACAAUUUUACUAGUCUUCCUACAUCCAUCACUAAGCGUGAUCAUUUGUGCCACCUGAAUGUUAGAGAAUGCCAUCAAUUACAAGAGAUUCCCGAGCUUCCACCACUUUUGAAUUCUUUUCAGGCAGAUGAUUGCGAAUCUCUGCAAAAAUUUGGAGAUUUAACUUCAUUUCACCAUCUUGUCCGUAGAAAGUUGACCAUGGCUAAUACUUCCCCACUUGACCAAAGACAGAAAGAUUCUCUUUUAUGCUUCAACCGCAUGUUAAUGGUGAUCCUCGGAGUUUCCUUGUACCAUAUUUUGAAUGCUUUGGGUCAGGAUCGGAUCGUAUUUGGCUUGAGUAUUUUGAACCAUUUGAGCUGUGGCAAGAAGUCGAUUUUGGUCAAAUUGAUGGGAGUUAUGCACAAUUUAGCGUAACACUCUCGGGUAAAAACGUGAAAAAGUGGGGAUUCCGAAUAAUAUGCAAGUCACUAGAGGACGAUUUAAAGAUUAUUCUCCGAGACAAUCAGCUAAUAGAUCCAGCUUUACUCUAUGAAGUUGUUCUUGAAUCAACAAAUUUAGAAGCCGCGAUUUUACUUGUACACAAAGAUAGUUCCAGCGAAGCAGAUCUACAAAAAUACUUGGAAGAUUGUCUGAGGAGUGCCAAGGAACAAAGUCAA